AAGUACCCAUGUCACUCUGCUUUAACGUUGACGCUACUCAGUGAGGCACUCAAUCAAUUUCACGAUAACAAAGCUAUCUUUGUGGACCUGGGCAUCUGUUUGUCAUUCAACCUCCCCAAGCUUCAUUCUUUCCGACACUAUGUCACAAUGAUUUGCAUGUUCGGAACCACGGAUAAUUACAACACGGAAUAUACCGAACGGCUUCACAUUGACCUAGCAAAGGAUGCGUACUGUGCAACAAAUCACAAGGACAAAUACAUGCAAAUGACACUGUGGCUCGAGCAACGAGAGAAAAUGUUGUGGCAUGCCAAGUUUAUUGAAUGGCAACUGCAUGUGGGACCUGCCGCAUCAUCAGAUCAUGUCCCUCGCCCCCUAGCCCACUCCGACCUCGUAUAUCUCCGACAACCCAAGCUAGCGAAGCACCCGUCUGUUAAACAGGUGACAUUCGCAUCGCUGGCUGAUCAUUAUGGUGUAGUCCAUUUUCAAGCAGCUGUGGCACAUUUCAUCGUGCAAGUGAUGCAGCCUGAUUUGACUGUGAGGCAGUCAGAAGAUGCUGCCUGCAAUGUCAUUCUCCCGUUCCAGUCCAUUGCAGUAUUCCACAAGGUCUGCUAUGGUACUGUUGAUGAUAAUGGCAUGGUAAACCAUCUCACUGUGGAUGCAAUACAUACACAACCGGCGCGACGCAAUGGCCAUAAUAGGAGAGUGCCAGCAAGGUUUGAUACUGCGCUCAUAAAUCUGGGGAAUGGCGGCAAGUUGGGCAUCAAAGGUGAGCGAACAUGUUUAUGUAUGCGGGGACACUCAGGCUGA